AUGAAUGAUAUUAGUGUAGAAACACAUGAGUCAAUCGAUGCGGCAAGAAUUGCAUAUUUAAAAGAUCAAAUGGAUGUUGAAGAUGAAGAAUUAAUUUAUCUUAAUCGUAUUCUCAAACUUCAAUAUAAAAGACGAGAAUUGAUUCUUAAUCGUAAUACUCCAUCAGUAAUUAUUGAUGAUUUUCUUUAUCAAAGCGAUAUAAAUGAUGCUAGAAAUAUGAAUUUAUUGAAUAAACUUGGUAUUCAACAUAUUAUUAAUACAUGUAAUAUUUCUUUACCGAAAUUAAUUACAGAAAAAUUUAAUGUUCUCUGGAUUAAUAUAGUUGAUGAUUCGAAUAAAAAUAUCGCACAAUAUUUUCAUAAAACAAAUGAUUUUUUAUCUUCAUGUAAACAGAAAAAUGAGAAAGUAUUAGUUCAUUGUCAAAUGGGUAUUUCUCGAUCAUCUUCAAUUAUUCUUGCUUAUCUAAUUAAAUAUCAUCAUGAUACUUUAUUUAAUGCUUAUGAUAAUUUACUCAAUCGACAUCCUUUUGCUGCACCUAAUUAUGGGUUUUUUAUUCAAUUAAUUCGAUAUGAAAAAGAAUUACAUCAAAUUCAAACUACAUGA